UAGGACGAUCAGCUGUGUAUGGUGGUCGACCCCACUCAAGGACGCGCCCCCCAAAUACGAGAGAGAGAGAGAGAGAGAGAGAGAGAGAGAGAGAGAGAGAGAGAGAGAGAGAGAGAGAGAGAGCUGCAGGUAUUAACCGGAGGUGGGGGGGGGGAGCGCAGUCGCUGCUGGCCGCUGGGACUCCAGAGGGACAGGAGGGGAUGUGUUGUGCUGAUGGCUUUCUUUCUUCCUCCCAUAACAAGUCGUCUUUUAUUCCAAACGGAGACGCAAGUGUAGCCUCUCUCCUCCUCUUCCAUGCUCUGCACCUCUCCUGCCCCUCCUCACCAAAAAAAAAGGGCAUUUUUACGCACAGGAGUAAGACGCAAAUAACAUGAUGUUUAAAGAAAUGUGGUGCGUGUCUUUUGUGCGCCGUCUGUUUGUGCCGUUGUGAAUGUGACGCCGGGGUCUGCAGCCUGCACAGAUGACUUAUACCAGGAGGAAAAGACGGCUUUAACUCCAGCACUUGUUUUAUAAAGAGAAGACUCACUGAUAACCAUGGCUGACCAGUAUGUUUCUCACCACGGCGCCCCCACUCCGUCGAGGAAGCACGCCCCUUCCUGUCAAACACCAGCUGCGAAGGGAAGAGGCCGUAUCCGACGACUGCGAUUGGAUCCCGGGUUUGGAGGAGCCUGCCACGUUGCCUAUUAGUGACACAGCAGUGCCUCGAGAUGAAUCGUUCGGUCAAUCGGCAGCAGCCCAGUCGACUUACCACAGUCACGGCGGGGCGCUGAGGAUAGUACUACUGGGACAAAAUGGCGUGGGCAAGUCGUCGCUGGCCUUAUCUCUGGCUGGGCAGUCAGACAGAUCCCUCUCAAUAGACUCUGAGACACAAGCAUGUGGUGAGGGAUACGAGUGCACGGUGACUGUUGACGACGAGGACAGCAAAGUGAUCAUUUUUGACAACUGGAAACAGGACCUGUCCACUCUGCAGUGUGAUGUCUGCAUCCUCGUCUUCUCAGUGACUGAUAGGCGAAGUUUCCAUCGUACCGCCCAGCUCCGCCUUCUCCUCAGGGAGUCCCAGCCUCAGACACCAAUCAUCCUGGUGGGCAACAAGAGCGACCUUGUCCGCUCCCGUGAAAUCAGCUCAGAGGAGGCCCAAUCCAGCGCCAUGAUGUUUGACUGCCUGUAUCUGGAGCUCUCGGCCUCCCUGGACCAUGGCACCAACGAGCUGCUUGAGGCUGCGGUUCGGACUGCAAGGGGCGACUGCGUGGGCCCCGGCUGGACCGACGGUGACCCCGGGUCGGGCCGCAGGGAGAGCCUGACCAGCCGGGCCAAACGCUUCCUGGCCGGGCUCGUCCCGCGUUCAUACGGUCGAGACCGGGACAGGGACCGGGGUCGCUACCGGGAGAUGAGCCGCCACAGGGGCAGCAAGAUCCUCCGCCAGAAGUCCCGCUCCUGCCACGACCUCAGUGCACUGUGACACACACACAUGCAUAUACGCAAACAAAGGGACACACUCUUACACAAGUACACACACAAGACUGCGAGAUAGGGGGAUGAGGAGGUUUGGAAAGAGGGAAAUUUGGCAGCAAGAGGCAAAUUAGAUGUCAAAGCAGCUGUGAGGGAGUAGAAAAAAUAUGGACAGAUACUGCAAAAAUCAUCCAUGACCAAACAUGCAUCUUCUUCCAGAGAGUGAAAUGUAUUUAGAUGGCAAAAAGAGGCCAGGUCUGGGAUAAAAAACACUUAAUAGGACGAGCAGAUAAGAAGGUGAGCUUGAUUCACCCCUCAAGCUUGGGUGAAUCAGUGAGCACUCAUUACCUGAUAAGAGCAGGAGGGAGAAAAUUAGCGGUGAGCAGCACAUGGAGAUGCUGAUUGGAUGUUUACUGUGGUGAAAUGGUGCACGGCAUGGAGGGGGGGCUAAAUCACAGAACACACACACACCAAGUAGCACGCACUGACUAUGUAGAGACUGAUAGCAAUCUAAUGUAUACCUAUUGUAGACCCUGUUUUAUAGCAUGCUGAAUAGACGAUCUAUGACAUGACCCUGUAGGUUUUACAGUUACAUGAUACUGGAUUUGCUGUACCUCAGUGGCCAGUAGCUAAUGCACAAUCUAGCUAGUGUCUCUAGCAAUGCCAUCUUACAGGCAAGACCCUUUAUUUACAACAAUGCCCUCUCUGUGCAUUUUCUAGCCACAAUUUUCACUCUCCAUCAGCCGUUUGUGUUCUGUACCGAUUUUCAUGUCAACAGAGAAGUGUGUGAUUAUGCCACCAACUGUUCAUCUUUGACUUUUAUACCAAACUCCGCACCCAAGCCAUAUUUUGCUGAAAACAACAUGAACGAUCAGCACAAAGAACCCUUUACUGGAGGAUGUGGAGUGAAGGAAAGGUCAGGAUGGCUAUAAGGAGGACACGAUAACAGGGUGACCAGACUGAACUGUUGUUUAGCUGAAGCUGAGUCACUGAAAACCGGAUUGUUCCGAGAGCGCAGGAGGGGAAAAACAAGACAAAACCUAAUCUACCUGUGGCUGUUUGAUGUUUUCAUUUCUUCUUUUGUUUUCCCACUGGCAUUAUUUUGUGUGUGUUGAGACUGAAUUAGCACUUCUGUGGAGGCUGGCCACACAGGUGAACAUGACCCAAAAGAGAACGUUCUGGAAACGUUGUUGCGAUAGCUCGUCAAGCGUGGCGCCGUCUCUGACACAUGCUCACUUGUUUGUCACUGUCUACUAAGCACUCUCAUGUUUCCACUGAGAAUAAAUUAAUUUUUGUUUGACAUCCUUA